AUGAAUUUCAGAUGCGUUCUUUCUAGUCAACGUACGAAGGACAGGGAAGAGACGGAGUUGUGUGACGACAGACAAGAGAGAAACUCAUUCUUUUUUCAAUCGAUCGACGAGAGCGUCGAACGCGGAUUUUCUCUGAGAAAUCUCAACGAAGAAUCCAUUGAAAGAAAAAAAGAAGAUCAACCAAGCAAAGGAGAGUUUCGCUUUUUAGAGGUUAUGCAAUUGUUAGUUCCUCCAUUGGAGGACAGCAGCGUAGGAGAUUUUGGAUCCAACAAGACAACCGACUCCUCCUCGCCUCUUUCUCCCAGAUCUCGUUCUGUCAUGUCGCAAGGCCUUCAAGACAAGUUCGAGACCAUGACACAAGCCUGGGAUCCAUCCCGUGCUACUGCUGCGAAACGAUCGGAAUCUCCUGAAGAGGAAGGAGAAGAUUCUUCUCACCACGACCACCACCAAAACAAGAAACGUAAAAUCGCUAUUGACACUGCUUUUGCCAUUGAAUCCGAGAUGCAAAAGUGGCAACGUGGAAUUGCCGAACUCGAAGCCAUGUUGGAGCAGCCUCCCAGCGAUGAUUUGGAGAGGGAUUCACCAAGCUCGUCCUCCAAACGGGAUGCACGCGCUAGGCCUCCUGAAGUCGUUCGAUUCCCAUCACUGCCUCCUGUUAUCCCUGCCGAAGAGGGUGACUUUGAAGAGAGCUGUAGUAAUAGUGAAGAUGAUGAAGAUGAGGAUGAGAGCCAACAGAACGAAGCUACUGAUGGUUAUGAUGACGAAGGCAGUGAAAAGGAACGGGAAUAA